GCAGCGAGCAGGAUCCCCUACACCGCGGGCGGCGCGAGGCGUCUGGCUCUUCGCGGUGGUUGCGAGGGGAAAAGCAGCGCGGGGGCUGGGUGGAAUCAAGGAGUGAGGAAAAAAGGAAGGGGCGGGGGAGAGGGACCAGGCAAGGCGUCGGGGGGAAUCUCGCGAGGGUUGGAGUUUUGGCGAGAGUUUGUGGAAGAUGGCGCCUGUUGUGACAGGUCAUUGAAAUUAUGAGACUAUCAUUCAAAUGGAAGCAUUAUAGUUCUUCGGAACCAUUAUGAUCUCAAAAUGAAAGGAGAAUGAUACAGAUACACUGGCUGAGGUGUUUUGAGGUGCAUCGAAGUGUUCCAAGCUGGGACUUACCUUAACAUGUUCUUGAAGUACCAUGGCCUGGAUUAAAAGACUGGUUGUGUAUAGAAGCAGAUGUACCUGGUGUGGGAGUAAACAAUAUUGUACCUCCUCUGUGAGCAGAAAGGAAGUAUGUAUAUAUAGACAAUGUGCAUGCAAGGUUUUUACUUACUUGAAAAUUCUAAUGGAUUGGAGGAUAUGCGGAGCCUCAAUACUAUUUACAGGAAAUUUGGUGAGCGGCCUCCACCUAAACGACUCACUAGGGAAGCUAUGCGAAAUUAUUUAAAAGAGCGAGGGGAUCAAACAGUACUUAUUCUUCAUGCAAAAGUUGCGCAGAAGUCAUAUGGAAAUGAAAAAAGGUUUUUUUGCCCUCCUCCUUGUGUAUAUCUUAUGGGCAGUGGCUGGAAGAAAAAAAAAGAACAAAUGGAGCGUGAUGGUUGUUCUGAACAAGAGUCUCAACCGUGUGCAUUUAUUGGAAUAGGGAAUAGUGACCAAGAGAUGCAGCAGCUAAACUUGGAAGGAAAGAACUAUUGCACAGCUAAAACAUUGUACAUAUCUGAUUCAGACAAGAGAAAGCACUUCAUGUUGUCUGUAAAGAUGUUCUAUGGCAACAGCGACGACAUUGGUGUGUUCCUCAGUAAGCGGAUAAAAGUCAUCUCCAAACCUUCCAAAAAGAAGCAGUCAUUGAAAAAUGCUGACUUGUGCAUUGCCUCAGGAACAAAGGUGGCUUUGUUUAAUCGACUUCGAUCCCAGACAGUUAGUACCAGAUACUUGCAUGUAGAAGGAGGUAAUUUCCAUGCCAGUUCACAACAGUGGGGAGCAUUUUACAUUCAUCUCUUGGAUGAUGAUGAAUCAGAAGGAGAAGAAUUCACAGUCAGAGAUGGCUACAUCCAUUAUGGACAGACGGUCAAACUUGUGUGUUCAGUUACUGGCAUGGCACUCCCAAGAUUGAUAAUCAGGAAAGUUGAUAAGCAGACGGCAUUACUGGACGCAGAUGACCCUGUGUCACAACUCCAUAAAUGUGCAUUUUACCUUAAGGACACAGAAAGAAUGUACUUGUGCCUUUCUCAAGAGAGAAUAAUUCAGUUUCAGGCCACUCCAUGCCCGAAAGAACCAAAUAAAGAGAUGAUAAAUGAUGGCGCUUCCUGGACAAUCAUUAGUACAGAUAAGGCAGAGUAUACGUUUUAUGAGGGGAUGGGUCCUGUCUUGGCCCCUGUCACCCCUGUGCCUGUCGUAGAGAGUCUUCAGUUGAAUGGUGGUGGAGACGUAGCAAUGCUUGAACUCACGGGACAGAAUUUCACUCCAAAUUUACGAGUGUGGUUUGGGGAUGUAGAAGCUGAAACUAUGUACAGAUGUGGAGAGAGUAUGCUCUGUGUCGUCCCAGACAUUUCUGCAUUCCGAGAAGGUUGGAGAUGGGUUCGCCAGCCAGUCCAGGUUCCAGUAACUUUGGUCCGUAAUGAUGGAAUCAUUUAUUCCACCAGCCUUACCUUUACCUACACACCGGAACCAGGGCCGCGGCCCCACUGCAGUGCAGCAGGAGCAAUCCUUCGAGCCAACUCAAGCCAAGUGCCCCCUAAUGAGUCGAACACAAACAGUGCAGGAAGCUACACAGACGCCAGCACAAAUCCCACCAGUGUCGCAUCCUCGACAGCAACGGUGGUGUCCUAACUACCGUCUUUUUGCUAGGACUUAAACUGACUUGAGUGCGCAAAAAGUUGACAAAAAAGAGGGAAAAAAAUGAACCUUCUUUUGUGGUUUCUUGGGAAAACUUUUCAUACCAGGUGUUACUACUAUUCACAGCCCCGUUACCUGCAAGUGCUGAUUUGAAAUGCAGAAGCCACAGUAAAACACAAAAACAUCAAAAGUUACAAACUAUUGGAAAUCAAGUUUUUCAGCUGUUCUUUUGUUUGUUUGGUUGGUUGAUUUUUGUUUGCUUUUGUUUAAGUGGGCAAGAAGUAAAUAAUGUGGCUGGAAUAAAAGUUAAGCAAACUAGAAGAUACAAAUCUAACAUAGUUUUUAUGGACCAAGGAACUGUAUAAGCUUUAGUAAAAGGUACAUUUUCACCAGACCUUUUUUAUAUCAUGGUAUAUAGUACACCUUGUUACCAAAUAGGUUGUUCUCUUCCCUUCCCACCUGUGAGCUUUUGCUCUAGAGUACAUCCAGCUUCCAGGCCUGACCAUUCUUGUUUAAUCUAAAUAUCAUACUCUUCUAGGGUUUUUGGUCUAAGGCGGGAACUAAUUUUUUUUUAAGCUGAAAUCUUACAACUUUUCAUGAGUCGAAAUUGUUUGAUUUCAGCAAGUAAAAUCUUGUAAAGGCCUACAUAUUUUUUUUUAAGAUUAUAUGAAGUCUGUGCAAAAGCUUUAAAAAAAAAUGCCUCUGCCUUGCCUGCAAUACAUGCAAUGUACGUUAACUUAGUCUCUAUCCUCAGACACUGUUGGUAGUCAUUUCUGUGUCUUCUGUUUUUUAAAUGUAUUUAUAGUAGUUAUCCAAGAGGUUCUGACAUUUACAUGGAUUUCAUUGUGGCCAUUUAGUCAUCGAUGAGUAAAUGGCACAGAACAUGUUGGUGUUUGAAGUGUUCUCUCCCCGUUUCCCUUAAAUACAUCUGUGUGUUCCAGGAUUUCUUCAGGUUUUCUUUCCCUCUUCCUAAUCUUGUACAUAACUUGUAUUAUGUGUAAGUUAAACAAUUUAUUUUGAACUUGGAAUGUUCCCGGUGAUUUCAGCAGAGUGUUUUCUGCCUUGUUGGGAAAUGACAAGAAAAUAUCAUGAGAAGAUUUGCUACCAGUUGGUAGAUAGUGCCCUAAGGGGAGAAUGGGGAAAAUCUCAGUAAAAGCAUUUUUUAUUAUCUUUACUUUUUUUUUUUGGUAGCCUAGGCCAGAGCAUCAUUGUAAUCUCUAAAAACAUAAAAUGCUUUUAUUAGAUGAUCGACUAAAAUAGCUGGAAGACAGAAGCAGGUAGUUGUAAGAUUAUAAAAAUGCAAAUGUAAUUUAUAUUGCCAUUGAUUUCUCUGCCUUUUUUUUCUUUCUUGUUUUUUUUUCUCCAGUCCUGAGCAUCUCCAGGUUUAUUCAGAAAACGUUCCUUUUCCUUUUAUUUGAGAUUUGGUUGUGUUCAAGUUUGUGUGUUGGUUUUGCACACUAAUCUCAACAGUUUUUUUGUUACUUUUGUUCCUGCACUUUGGUUAUGCCUUUGUUCGGUUUCUUGGAAAUUGCAGCAGACUCAUUGGGCUACAUUUAGUACAAGAACCACAUGUAUAUGUUAUAGGACACAGUCUAGUAAUACAAUCAUCUUUCAUAGAGUAAAAACUACCUCUAGAUUGUGGUAAGCUUUUACUGUCCCAUAAAACAGGAGCCACAGUACCUUAUGAAUACAAAACUGUAACUUCCUACGUUUUCAUACAGAACAUUGUCUUUCUGAUGUCUUGGGCUAUUUUGAAAAAAUUUCCAUCUACAGACUUUUUAAAAACCGUUAUUAGUAGCACCCCCUCCCCCCAGCUUUGCUGUCAUUGUCACCCACUCUUUUGCUAAGACUAUGCCAUUGUAAAUACUCUUCCUCAUACCUUCUCCUUAGAUUUCAAGGGGAAAGUCAUCCGUAAAGCAUGGUAGGUGGCUAAAUCCAAGUUAUUGUGGUUUUCUCUUCCUGCAGGCCUUGGAGGCCCCCAGCUGCGUUUCACUCUAUAUCCUCUCCUCUUCAAGUCUCCCGUUGCUCUCUUCCCUCUUACAAACUAAUCCUGCCUCACACCUUAAAUCUGUUUCAAGGGCAGAACUCAUCGUGGCCUUAUCUUUCUUUGUUGUAAACUAUUCACUGGCUCUUACUUGCGAACUGGCUUCUUUCUGAGUAGUAUUUAUUCUUUCUGUUGAGUCACGCAGAAGUCAGUACACAGUGCUUUUGUUCAGAGUGUGGAGAUGGUUGUAGUGCUGCUUUCCUUUUAAGGGGCCACAAGUUUCCUCUACUUCCUAGGUUUGAUAUUUAGUUAAGAAAUCAUACUAAAUUAACUGAUAACAAAUGAGAUGCUUUUGAAAAACAAACUAUUUCUUACCCAGCCAUGUAGCUCAAAAUAAUUUUUCAAGUUCAUGGCUUUGUUCAAAUGAACUUUUGCUUUUUUAAUGUUUAUAUCUUAUUUUGGUUCUUUGUUUCUUUUAAUAAGAUAAUUGACAUGUCAGACUAUAAACUCUUUUCAUGUUUGUUUUUUUUUUUUAAACUUCAAGAAUGUACUUACAGGUAUUUUCCCCACCUGUUGUAUGCCAUUCUCACCACAGACUAAAGAGUGAAAGCGGUUUGUUGAUUGUAGCUUAUGGUUUAUCAGUAGUUCUUUUGUCAGCUGCUUAAAGUCUUUUUCAUGGAUUUGUGAAUCAUUUUCAGUAUGUAAUUUAUAGGAACCGUGUUUCUAGUUGCAGUAGACAAUGUCCCUCCCUCAGUGAUGACAUUAUUAGAGGUGCUGGCCAUGGACCCUAUGAAACUCUCUUCUUUACAGUGAUGAUGCUUCAGUUAUAAUCUAUUUAAUUUGUUAAAAUUCGGUUUUAGAAGUAUAUCUUCAUGCUUUCAUGAUUCUAUGUAAUUUCUAGAAAAUAUGCAUAGAAGCUGAGCCUCUGAUCCAAUAUGUUUUUAUUCCUUCUGUCGAAUUUAUCACAUAGAUUGGGAAGGCAAGCCAAAGGCUUCACAUGUAAAAUGCCCUUCAUAUUUUGAAUGAUUUUAGAGAUAAACACGAGUGUACCAUUUGCUGACUCUUCUCAAACAGUGGUAACUAAAGGCAUCCUCAUAUGUUAAUUUGUGAAAUAUUUGUCACUUUUACUGCACAGACUUACUUUUGAUCAUAACUGGUUAGUUUUUUUUUGUUUUUAAUGAAACUGAUACCAUCUGUGCUUUAAAUCCAACUUAGAUGGACGAAUCCAGGUUAUUACGCAGGCCUCACAAAAUCUCCAAAGCUGUUUUUGAGAACUAACCUAACUAGUCAUGUUAACCAGAAGAAUCUGUUGGGAUGGGAGGGUUCCUUUUUGAAACAGAAUGCUAUUCGAUUAUUAACCAAGUUAAUUUACUUUGAUUUCAAAAGCAGCUGUGUUUCUGAUGAGUACUGAACAAAUGUGUGUAAUUUUCUGUGCCAGACUUUUGACUUUGUUUUCAAGCACUGUAAUGUGGGAUGGAUGGUUAGAAACAAUAAUAUAUUAGGGUUUCUAUUUAACCCUUUCAGGACUGAACUGUAUCUCCUUUUAUUAAUUUCCCCUGUGUUGUGGUAAAUGUUUGCCAGCAUUCAGUGCUGUGUCGGUCCAGAUGUAGGUUUAUAUGCUCAUUUUUAGCUUAUUUCUUGUACCUUGCAGCAUGCUCUAAGCAUUCAGUCCUUAAGGGGUUUAUCUUACAAACUGUGCACCUGUAAGGUUUAUUAGCAAUAAGAUAGAAAAUUGAGCAAGUUUAUACCAUAAUUUUGUAGAAAAAAAGAAUCUGCUCAGUUCCAUAUUUCAUCCAUGAAAAACCUGCAAUAUGGGCAGUUUCGAGGAAUAAAUAAAAAGGAAAUGUAAACCAUUGUAAA